AUGCCUGGUGUUCUCGAAACCUCGGUCACGACUGAGAUCCCUGGACCUCUGUCCAAGGCCAGCGCGAAGAAGCUCGACGCUGUUUUCGAUGCACGUGCUGUGCACUUCGUCGUCGACUAUGACAAGAGCAAUGGAAACUACAUCGUCGACGUUGAUGGCAACAAGUUCCUCGACGUCUACUCUCAGAUUGCAUCCAUUCCCGUUGGAUACAACAACCCCGCCACCAUCGCCGCUGCGCAGUCUCCAGAGAUGAUUUCUGCGCUAGUGAACCGUCCCGCCAUUGGAAACUUCCCAUCGAGCAAGUGGGGAGAGAUCCUCGAGAACGGCCUGCUGAAGGUGGCUCCCACAGGUCUCGACAAGAUCUUCACCGCCCAGUCUGGCUCAGAGGCCAAUGAGCUGGCCUACAAAGCCUCGUUCAUGCUCUACCGGCGCAAGGAGCGCGGAGAGGGCGUUGAAUGGAGCAACGAGGAGAUCCAGUCCUGCCUCAACAACGCCAAGCCGGGCUCGCCCGACCUUGCCGUUUUGAGUUUCGCUAACUCGUUCCAUGGACGUGGUUUCGGCAGCUUGUCAACCACUAGGUCCAAGGCCGUUCACAAGCUUGAUAUCCCAUCGUUCAACUGGCCCCAGGCCCCUUUCCCCACCCGAAAGUACCCCUUGGAGAAGUACGAGGCUGAGAACGACGCUGAGGAGAAGCGAUGCCUGCAAGCAGUAGAAGAUUUGAUUACAUCAUGGCACUGCCCCGUUGCCGCGCUCAUCGUCGAGCCCAUUCAGAGUGAGGGUGGUGAUAACCACGCCUCGCCUGCUUUCUUCCAGGGUCUGCGGGAUCUUACCAAGAAGCACGGUGUGGUGAUGAUCGUCGACGAGGUCCAGACUGGCUUUGGCGCUACUGGCAAGUUCUGGGGUCACGCACACUGGAACCUGACAUCGCCCCCUGAUAUUGUUACUUUCUCCAAAAAGGCCCAGACUGCAGGCUACUUCUUCGGCGACCGCGCUUUGAUUCCCGACAAGGCUUACCGCCAGUUCAACACGUGGAUCGGCGACCCGGCCCGUGUGAUUAUGAGCAAGGCUGUCAUCCAGGAGAUUCUUGCAAAGGACCUCGUGGCACAAUGCGCCCGUGUUGGAGACGUCUUGUACGCCGAGAUGGAGAAGCUCGCACAAAAGUACCCGGACCACGUACAGAACCUUCGCGGCAAGGGUCAAGGCACCUACAUUGCUUUUGAUACCACGGAUGCCGCCGCGCUUGUCAAGAACAUGAAGGCCCUGGGAGUACUUACUGGCACAUGUGGUGUACAGACCGUCAGACUACGACCCAUGCUCAUUUUCGAGGAACAGCAUGUGCCUACUCUCAUUGCUGCUUUUGAGAAGGUCCUUGGAGCUUUGUGA